AUGGAAAAAGGCAUGAAUGAUAAACCAAAAGCAUCUCUACUGCCACUUUGGGAUUCUUCCUAUUCUGGUGACUAUGGUGGGAAUGGAGGAAAACGCUUUUCCCAUGCUGCAAACCAGCAGGAUGGACCCAUCACUGCCAUUAGGAUUCAUAUUGAUUCAAAUUAUAUUGUGGGUCUCCAGGUACGUUACGGCCGCCAUUGGAGUGAGUAUAUCGGUGGUUCAUCCGGUGAGCGGGAGGAGAUUUUCCUGCACAAAGGCGAGUCUGUCAUUCAGGUCACCGGGAGGUACGGUUCCUACGUCCAGAGACUGGUCUUCAUCACUGAUCAAAAUCGCACCUUCAUCUUUGGAAAUGAUGCAGGCACUACCUUCAAUGCAGCUCCAAUUUUCAAGGGCACCGUCUUGCGAUAUUUCACUGGACGAGCCAGCUCAUACAUCAACAGCAUUGGUUUCCACUGGGGUGACUAUCCCAAGAAUGUUCCCAAUUGUGCAGAGAGGGGAAAUCUUUGAGGUACAUACUAUUUAUGGCUUAGAUGCGGGAUGGGAAUAGGAAAGGCCUCCAGAUGUUCUUAGAUUGCAAGCCACAGCCUUCCUCACCAUUGGCUGUGCAGUCUAGGGAUGCUCAAAGUUACUGUCCAAUAAAAUCUAAAGAGCUAAAUAAUUUUCUGAGUUGUCGAAGGCUUUCAUGGCCAGAAUCACAGGGUUGUUGUAUGUUUUCCAGGCUGUAUGGCCAUGUUCCAGAAGUAUUCUCUCCUGACGUUUUGCCCACAUCUAUGGCAGGCAUCCUACCUCACAACCUCUGAGGAUGCCUGUCAUAAAUGUGGGCAAAA